GACCGCCACCCCGCCGGGCGAGCGCGGUGACUGACAGCGCCGGACAGCCAGUCGCCGCAGCGCCGUGCGGCCGAGCCCGGCGCCGUCUCCCCGGUGACCGGGACAGCCGCUGCCUCGACGGAGUAGCCGGAGUCCCGGGGGACAGAGAUCUUCAUCAGAUGGAGUGGUACUCUUGAAACAUGACAAAAAACUGGACUAAAUAAAAGUUUUCCUAUUUUAGGAAAAAAAAAAAGUCCAAAAUGUACAGACCAGGAGAGACGGUCAAACGUCGGCUCAACAUGCAUGCUCCUCCACGGAUAAGAAGCGUGGAAGUUGCUCGAGGAAGAGCAGGUUAUGGCUUUACCCUUUCUGGACAAGCCCCUUGUGUUCUUAGUUGUGUGAUGAAAGGAAGCCCUGCAGAUUAUGUUGGACUUAAAGCAGGAGACCAGAUAUUUGCAGUUAAUGAAAUCAAUGUGAAAAAAGCCUCUCAUGAAGAUGUAGUGAAACUUAUAGGGAAAUGUUCUGGAGUCCUACACAUGGUCAUUGCUGAAGGGAUGAGUCAUUUGGAUUCAUGUUCAAGCGAUGAAGAAGUUGGUUUUUAUGAUGGGAAGGGGUGGCUGAAACCCAAACCUGACUCCAAAGCUCUGGGUAUAAACAGAGCUGAGAAAGUUGUCGAAGAAAUGCAGUCUGGUGGCAUUUUCAACAUGAUUUUUGAGAAUCCUGCUCUUUGUGCUGGAAACUCAGAUAAUUCUGCACCAAAACAAAGAUCAUUUCCAGUUUCUGCUGCUAUGAAAUUUGAAACUGGCAAUGAGAAUGUAAGCAAUCCAAAUAUACUGUCAAAGGAAGAAAUAGCCAAAGUUCUGAAUGAUGAUUCAGUUUUUAGAAUCGGACUGGAGAGUGCAGAAGACUUUGGGUUAGAUGCAAGCAUUUUGAAUGUUGCCAUGAUUGUAGGUUACUUAGGCUCCAUCGAACUUCCUUCGACAACUGCAAAUUUGGAAACAGAGAGUUUGCAGGCCAUUCGUGGGUGCAUGAGACGCCUGCGGGCAGAGCAGAAAAUCCAUUCCCUGGUGAUGAUGAAGAUAAUGCAUGACUGUAUUCAGCUCUGCAGUGACAAAUCAGGUGUUGUGGCAGAAUAUCCUGCAGAGAAACUGGCAUUCAGUGCUGUUUGCCCGGAUGAUAGAAGAUUCUUUGGCCUAGUUACAAUGCAGACAAAUGAUGAUGCAAGCUUGGCUCAGGAGGAUGAAGGGGUCCUGAGGACAUCUUGCCAUGUUUUUAUGGUGGAUCCUGAAUUAUUUCAUCACAAAAUUCACCAGGGUAUAGCGAGACGUUUUGGACUGGAAUGUACAGCAGAUCCAGAUACCAAUGGCUGUCUGGAGUUUCCAACAUCCUCUCUCCCUGUCCUGCAGUUUAUUUCUGUCCUGUACAGGGAUAUGGGGGAGCUGAUAGAGGGAAUGCGUGCAAGGGCUUUCCUCGAUGGUGAUGCAGAUGCUCAUCAGAAUAAUAGUACCAGCAGUAACAGUGACAGUGGGAUUGGAAAUUUCAACCAAGAAGAAAAGAAUAAUAGAGUUCUGGUGGUUGAUUUAGGAACCAAUCCAAGUAAACACAUUCCUAGCAGCAUAUGGGAGAAUCCAGUAGGAAGGGGACAAAAUCAGCCUGCUUCCCAUUGGAAUGGCUUCUACCACGAGCAGGAGGGAAACAUCCCUUUGGAAGUAAUUCAGAACGAUAAGUCCCAAAAUGUAAGCAAGCACUUGAGCCCUUCUGCUCGUAUUGAAGUUCCAUUGGUUUCCUCCCGAAAUUCAGUGCCCCCGUCCAAGAAAAACGCUGCAGGCCUGGGCAAUCAGAGGUGGCUGCCUGUGCACGUUUUGCAGGAGUGGCAGCAUGGCAAUGCCAGCGACCAGGAGUCCUACACCGACUCCACAGAUGGCUGGUCCAGUGUGAACUGUGGCACCCUUCCUCCCCCAAUGAGUAAGAUUCCAGCUGACAGAUACAGGGUCGAUGGCAGCUUUGGUCAGCCACAGCUAAAAUCUCACAAAAGUGAAUGGUCCAAGAAGAUGUUCUGCAUUCAGAACAAAUUUGGCCCUCCACACAGUAUCAGGAAAUCUAAAGAAGAUAAAAAGGGUGCAAAAUUUGGACAUUCAGUGGGAUUAAAUCAGGCUCCUCCUCCACGUUCCUCUGCUCGAAGAUCAUUUGGAAGAUCGAAGCGAUUUAGCAUUACUCGCUCUCUGGAUGACCUCGAGUCAGCAACUGUUUCUGAUGGAGAGCUGAACAGCACUGAGUUGAAGGACUGCAUCAGUGAGAACAGCCUCAGCAGCAAUGCCAGCCUCCCCAGCGUGCAGAGCUGCCGGCGCCUGCGCGAGCGGAGGGUUGCCAGCUGGGCCGUGUCCUUUGAGAGGCUUCUGCAGGACUCUGUUGGUGUUAAAUAUUUUUCGGAAUUUCUACGGAAAGAAUUUAGCGAAGAAAAUAUUUUAUUUUGGCAGGCCUGUGAAUAUUUUAACCAUGUACCUGCACAUGAUAAAAAAGAGCUUUCUUACAGGGCUCGGGAGAUCUUCAGUAAGUUCUUGUGUAGCAAAGCUACAACCCCAGUUAAUAUUGACAGCCAGGCACAGCUGGCAGAUGAUAUUCUCAAUUCUCCCCAUCCAGAUAUGUUCAAGGAACAGCAACUUCAGAUAUUUAACCUGAUGAAGUUUGAUAGCUAUACUCGCUUCCUCAAGUCCCCCCUCUACCAAGAGUGCAUCUUAGCUGAAGUGGAAGGACGCCCUCUUCCUGAUCCUCAGCGUGUUCCCAGCAGCCCCACCUCCAAACACAGCGUCAGUUCAGACAAGUCCAACAUGUCCACACCAAAAAAGCUAAGUGGUAAGUCAAAGUCUGGAAGAUCUUUAAAUGAAGAGUCAGGAGAGGAGGACACUGAGAAGAAAAAGAGGGGAACAUUCUUCUCAUGGUCAAGAAGCAAGAGUUUGGGAAAAUCACAGAAGAGAAGAGAAAAUGGUGAUUAUCCAAACGAUUCUUUUCAGUCCAAUGGAUUGUCCUACAGACGGGAAUCUCAAGGCUCCAUGUCAUCCACUGCAAGUCUCGACCUGUCUGAAACCUCAAGAUUGCCUGCAUUUGUGCCAGAUAAAGACAAAUCCCCCAAGUACUGCUGUGUAAACCUUCCGGAUGGCUCAUCCAGCAAAAUGGCUGUGAAGUCAGGGUUCUCCAUCAAGGAGGUGCUCGCUGGGGUCUGUGAGAAACAUGGCAUCAACAUAGCUGCAGUGGACCUGUUCCUCGUUGGAGGUGAUAAGCCCCUGGUGUUGCACCAGGACAGCAGCAUCCUGGAGUCUCGGGACCUGCGCUUGGAAAAACGCACUUUAUUUAGGCUGGAUCUUGUUCCUAUCAACCGGUCAGUUGGUCUGAAGGCAAAACCCACCAAACCAGUAACAGAGGUCUUAAGGCCUGUUGUUGCAAAAUAUGGUUUAAAUCUUAAUGAACUUGUGGCAAGACUAAGUGGUGAGCAGGAGCCCCUUGAUCUUGGUGUCCCUAUAUCUAAUCUGGAUGGCCAGCGGGUUGUUCUAGAUGAAAAAGAACCAUCAAAGGGUAGAGAGAAACAAAGAGGCGUGUUAGUAAAACAGACUGCAACUGUAUCUUCAAGAAGUCAAGGAUCUACUGGAGAGGGAAGAACUCUAGGAAAGUCUAAUUCUAUCAAAAUGAAAGGCGAAAAUGGAAAAAAUGCUAGGGAAGUCCGGCUGUCAAAGAGAGAAGACUCUAUUGCAAAGAUUGGGAAAAAAAAAAGUCACAAAAUAAAUUUGGAUGAAGCAGAGGAAUUUUUUGAACUCAUAUCCAAAGCACAAAGUAACAGAGCAGAUGACCAACGUGGACUGCUAAGGAAAGAAGACCUUAUUCUUCCUGACUUUCUUCGUUUACCACCCACUGGACCAGAACCAUCCUCAUCUACACCCGCAUGUUCUAAAGGCAAGCGAGUUUCAAAAAGCGAUGGCAGUGAUGGAUGUACAUCACCCAGUGGAAAACAGGAGUCCCUGCAAAACUCUAAUGAAAAUUCAGUAAAGAAAGUGGGUUACUCAGAAAACAAACAUAAGUCUGCUUUGGCAGCGCUCCACAGCCAGAAGACUUUCAGUGUCCCUUUCAGCCCUCCGUUGUCUCCGAUUCCGCACGCCCCGGAGAGCAACGCCGCGGUGUGGAAAAGGCAGUCCAGAGAGCUGCAGGCUGAAGGCAUUCAGAUGGUAGAUGAUGAGAAUGUGGCAGACUUGACUCUUGUGGCUGAAGGAGAUAUUAGCAGCCCUAACAGCACUUUGCUACCACCGCCACCACCAACGCCACUGUCAGACAUCAGUAAACUCACGGAAGCCAACUAUCCGCCCCCAACUCCUUUUGCAGGUAAUCAGGAAAAAUCUGGAUUUCAAAGAUCCAAUUCAGGUAUUUCUAGAUUUUAAUAGUCUUUCCUUUUGUGUAAAACUACUUUUCCUUGGCACUGUUAAUCAGUAUUUGGCACCCGUUAAAACAGCAAAGAAAAUUCUCUCUGCACCUUAAUUUUUAUUUUUUUUCAACCAAAAAAAGUAGGAAAAAGAUUUUAAUUGCCUUAGUCUGUUCUAACUGUUAUACUUCUGGUUGCCUUUAACAAUGUACUUUUGUUUGGAUUUGGCAUGUAACCAUAAGUGGCCACAUGCAGACAAACCUUUGAAAUACAUCCACAUGCUGUAAUUAUCUCAUUCACCCUCAGAGUACAAAACAGGAUAUCAGCAUUUUGAGCUCCAUAGCACUGUUGUGUUCCAGAUUUUCUGAUCCAUUUCUCAUAAUGAGAUACAUGAUUAGGAUUUGGAAGUUUAAGUACUUUAACAAAACCCCUAAUUAUUGAAAAUUGCAGUAUUGUUUAUGAUUAAAAUUUUAAAUGGAUAAGCCUCAACUUAGGAUAUAUUUCACUAAUAAAUUUGAUAUUUGUGACAAAAAUAAAAAUGUUAUUUUUUUUAACCCAUACUUUGCUACACAGAGAAAUAGAUUGCAUCUAUCACACUUUCUCCCAGAAUAUUCACAUAUCAAGUAGCUUUCUAAUAGACAAUUUUAAAGAAAAUAUGUAACUUUUUUAGGAAGUAAGUUUCAUGGUCUAGCAAUAUCACAGAGCAAUAUUAGCCCAAGGCUGAAGUAUGGAAUUUCUUUAUAAACAUGGACUCUACUAAUAAUUGCUGUUACCAGAAACAGGAUUUUGAAGACAAUGGGUGUCGUGACAUUGACAUUUACAGUCAUUGUACUGUGCAUUUUAAUGUAAAAUAUAAGAAGAGGUAUCUAUGUGCUACAUUUAUUUUUGAUGUUUCACAAACAUAUGGUGCCAUAUUUGUAUGAUCACAUUUCUUUGUGAUGUGGGAAUAUACAUUUUAAUUAUUUAUCUUUUUACACAGAGUAUUUGAUACUGUUCUUUAUCUGUAUGGUUGAUGAUUUGUAAAUACUUCUUUGGUUGUUGGAUGCUUAUACAUGGCAAUGCAAAUUAUUUCAUCCUCUUGGCAUUUUAAAAGCCAAUUCCUUUAUUAGUAGUAUCUGAGAAAUGUUCUAUUAGCGCUAUCACUUAAUUUCUGAAACUGAGUAUUAGACGGACUUGUAACCAGUGCCUAUGAAUAACAGAACCACAAAAUGUACUUCAGACAUAUUGAUGUAUAUAUGCAUAGAUUUGUGUUGGUGUCUUUCUGAUAAUAUGUCAAGUGUACAACAUAGGUAUCAAUUUGCAUAUUUUUCAGUGAGAACUGUUUAAAAAAAACCAUUUGCACUUAAAAAAAACUUCAUGAAUUUACAAUAUUUUAAUGCAUGCCAUAAGUUUCUGUGUAACCACUGAGCUGUAGCUUUCCCUUUUCCCACUUUCUACUUUUUACUUUGUAGAAAUCUUUGUGUAGUUUUCACAUGUAUUUUGUAUCCUUGUUCUCUCAGGAGUAAUAAAUUCUAGCUCUAGUUACGCAAA